AUGAUCUCAAAAAAUAUUUACAAGCAACUUUUCAAGAAUUCUCCAAAAGUAUUAGAUCCUGAUGUAAUCAAAAGCUGCCAAGAUAAUCUGCUUAAGCAUGGAAUUAAUUACAAAGAUUUGAGUAAUUUACCAGAUGUUGAGUUAAAAUUACCACAGUUGCAAGGAAGUGAUGUUGUAGAUCAUUUUUACAAUAUUGGUGAAAGACAAAGUGCUCCUUAUAGAAAUUUGUUAAGUAAGUUAUCUAUGUCUACACUGCCUCCAUUACCAAAGAAUUGGUCAAGGAUGCAUGGUUGGUGCAAAUACACUAGCAAUGGUCCACCAGAGCCCGUUCCAUAUCCACCUGAUAGUGCAUUGAUAUUUGAUGUGGAGGUUCUUAUGUCUUCAGGCAAAAGGCCUACUUUGGCCUGUGCAGCUUCUGCAGAGGCAUGGUAUGGAUGGGUGAGCAAACCUGUUGCAAAUGGGGACCCACAUGAAUACUUUGAAAAUGUCAACUAUGACGACUUGAUCCCGUUAGAGACUGAUGGAAAAGAAAUAAGUAGUGAAAUUAAUAGGCCUAGAAUUGUAGUAGGUCAUAAUGUAUCAUAUGAUAGGUCUAAGAUUAAAGAGCAGUAUUGGUUGAAUAGGACAGGUGUGCGUUUCAUGGAUACAAUGUCAAUGCACACAUGCAUUAGUGGUGUAACAAGUUACCAAAGAACAGUGCUAAAAGCAAAAAAUAAGGAACCCCAUCCAUCUGACGAUGAUUGGAUUGACAUAAGCUCGCUUAAUAGUCUCUCCGAGCAAGUGGCCUUUUUAACUAAUAUUAUUACAAAAUCUAGUGAAGUUACAUGCCAAAAUCAAAAAAUAGUCCCUUCACUUAAUAUUAACUUGCACCGACCUAUAACAGAAGUCUGUGACAAAAUAAACCAGCUCAAGCUAUCAGACUUGUGUACCACGAUAAAAGAUCCUAUUUAUUCACGUGCAAAUGAAAUACAUUUAAAGAAAUUAGUAGAAUUACAGCGUUUUAAUUGUGAUGAUUGGUAUACUGUACGUUUUGAUGCCCAGAAGAAAUAUUUAUUUACACCCGGUUUUGUCGAACUUGCUGUAAAUGAUUCGCUAAAACGAUUUGAAUCUGCAAUGUUGCGUGAUGAUCCUCGUUCUUAUUUGCUAGAACGUUCCUUCGCCGGAUCAAUUAAAGCCUUACUUUGCCAAAAAGAGGAAUUACAAAGAGCAUUACAAGCACUAGUAGAUGAGUAG